CGAAGUGCAUUGCGUAGGAAAAGCGUCUCGGGCUUAGCCAGCGGGAGGAGCUCAGGUUCCACGGAGCGGUCCUUGCUUGUUAGGAUAUCCUCACGUGCGUCCAGCCCUGGUCCGGCCACUCCCCGCACCAAGGAUGCUCCAAGGGUUUCGCAGGGGCCGCAAGAGCCAGUUUAAACACAUCAUCCAUGGCUUUCUACCUGCAGCCAGCAUCGCACCAAAGCCAGCUGUGCCACGCACACCUCCUCCCCGCAGCCCCAACCCUUCUCCAGAGAGACCAAGAUCUGCUCUGGCUGCAGUCAUCCUAGCAACAACGCUGACCAGCCGGACUGUCGCCAUUCCUCAGCCUCGCCAGAGAUCCCUGUCUGAGAGUGACACGACCUGCGUCGAAAAGGACAGUUUCAUCGAGCCCUAUGCCACCACCUCUGAGCUGAGGCUUCGACCAAAUUGGCAGAAUGAGACAGGAAGAAGAUCUUCUUUGCCAUCCUUUGAAACUCUGGGCUCCAGGGAGGAGGAGGAGGACACGGACGCACAGCUGUCGUCCGGCUGUGACGAAUCGGAGGAUGUCAGCGCUCCCAAAGCAGAGGGAAGUCUCAGUGCUGCCGUGUAUGCUGUGCCCCACAGAAACCAGUGCAGCGAAGCCCGCGGCUGGUCACGUAAGCAAGACUUCACUGAGGAGUCAGGAGGACAGAAGGGACAGCAGCGCAGAGCGUGCCAGCCAUGGCUUAUUGUACUGGGCCUGGUUCACUGGUCUUCCCCUCACCCAGCCUCUGUUGCCAGUAGACUGUCUCCGGCUCCUCCCACGGAGGUUGCAUUGUCACGUGGGGUGGACAGUGAAGAUGAUGAAAAUAUUUCUAAGCAGGAUGGGUUUCCAGGCUUGCUUCUCACAACACAACAUACACAAGAAAAAGAUGAUAAAUAUUCUGUUCUGAACUUAAAGGAUGAAAAACCAUUAUGUGAGAAGCCUCCACCCUCCCCAGAUGUAACUGGUAGAACACGGCAAAGAUGUAUGGAAAUAACCAAAGAAAAGUUCAAGGAAUUGAAAGAAGAAAAUGUGCUUCUAAGUGGUGCAAACCAAACCCUUACUCUUGAACUUGACCUAAUAAAACAAGCGAUGAAAGAACUACAGUUAAAACUGAAAAGAACAGAAAAAGAAAACCGAAAGUUGAAAGAGGCUGAGAAAACAUCUCCUCAGGAAGUAGUUGCUGCCCCUGAACUACUUUAUCUAAGAAAACAAGCUCAAGAACUGGUGGAUGAAAAUGAUGCAUUAAAAAUGACUGUCCAUCGUUUGAAUGUAGAAUUGAGCAGAUAUCAGACAAAAUUCAGGCAUUUGUCCAAGGAAGAGACUUUAAAUAUUGAUGGCCUCCCAUCCAAGGGCCCAGCACCACCCUGGUUGUUGGAUAUAAAGUACCUGUCACCCUUGUUACUGGCCUAUGAGGACCGAAUGAAAGAGAAGGAUGAGCUCAACGCCACCCUUCAGGAGGAAAUGAGAAUGUUUCGGGUGCGAGUCCAGGAAGUGGUGAAAGAAAAUGAAGAAUUGCACCGAGAGUUAACCAAGAGUAGUCCCGUGACCAGUGAGGAAUGGCGUCAGCUCCAGACUCAGGCGGAACUGGUUUUAGAGGAGAACAAGUUGUUGAUAGAGCAGCUGGAGAUUCAGCAGAGAAAAGUCAAGGACACCCACCAGGAGCGUCUCCAGGAAGUUUCUAAACUGACUAAACAGCUAAUGCUUCUGGAGACUAAAACACAGAACCAAGAAAAAGAACUAACCCAAAACAAGGAGGAGUUGGAAAUUUUAAGGACCGAAUGCCAGGACUUAAAAACACAGUUGGAUGGCAAAAUCGCUAUCAACGUUCAUGCUUCGAUUGUAAAUGAAUUAAAAAGCCAGUUGCAGAAGGAAGAGGAGAAAGAAGGUGCCGAGAUGGAAGAGUUGAUGGGAAAGUUGGCACUGCUGCAAGCACAGAAACAGAGCCUGCUCUUAGAGAAGAACAGUCUGGCUGCAAGAAACCAAGCACUGGGAGAAGAACUCGACAGGGCACAGAAAAUAAAUAGGAGGUCUCAAAAGAAAAUUGAUGUCCUCAAAAAGCAGGUGGAAAAAGCCAUGGAGAACGAAAUGUCUGCUCACCAGUACCUGGCAAAUCUUGUCGGCCUGGCAGAGAACGUAACCCAGGAACGCGACUAUCUUAUGUAUUUGGCUAAAUGUUUACAAAGUGAGAAGCAUGGAGUUCUCAACAAAAUCAUAGAAGGCAAUAUUCGCUUGGGAAGGUUAGAAGAAAAAGUCAAGGGGUACAAGAAGCAGGCGGCACUGAAAGUGGAUGACAUCAGUCACCGCCUGACAGAGCAGCAGGAAGACUUCGCCAGCAGGACAGCUCAGUACCAGCAAGAGAUGAGGCACCUGCAUCAGAUGCUGCAGGACAAGCAGGAUAUCCUGGACCAGGCUCUGCAGCAGAAACGAGAAAUGGAAGGUGAGCUUGAGGUUGUUUGGCAGUCUACGUCCAAGGAAAACCAAAGAAUCCGAGAGCUGCUGCAGGCCGUGCUGGAGAGGCAGGGUGUGUGGGACGGCACUAAGGAGGCGCACUGGGAAACCGUGGCUCCAGCUACAGAGACAUGAAGCCACCACCUGCCACAGCCCACGCCAUGCCUGGGGCCUCGGCCCAGAGCUCUGCCUUACCCCAGCACUGGGAGACACAGGGGAAGGGCCACAGCAUUUCUCCUCGCCAGGGCAAGGUAGAAAUAAACUGUCUCGGAAAUUUAAUCC